GAUUUAUUAGCAUCUUAAAAUUUAUUGCAAUUUCAAGAUUAUUUUGGGGCGCAUAUCUUUCGGUGUGCCUAGGGGCGCAAAAAAUUUAAAUCGGUCACUGAUACCUGUAUGAUCCAGAACCAUUGUGAGUGUAUUCGUGUUUCAUUACUAAUAAAGCUUUAUAGCAAAGUUUUUAUCACCGUGCAAAUUGCCUCCGCCAGGAUGGAAUUGCAUCCUUUAUAACGUGUGAAAAAUGAGUUUUCAAGAGCUUCAGCUGCAAGAACCAUUUUAGUUUUUCGAUAAACAAAGUAGUUUACUGCAGUCAGUCAUACCACCGUCACUUAAAGUAGUACUAGGCGUUGAUUUAAUAUGGAUAGAGGACAAAGCAAUAAUGCCACAGAAACGAGUGACUUAAAUGAUACGCUUACGUCGCUUCCUAUAUACUCAUGUAGAAUAUGUAACAAUUUUCUAUAUCCACCCAUACGAUUGGUCUCCAAGACUGGACAAGUUUGUGGAACUUGCAAGAUACCGGAUGGAACUGUGGCAAUCCACGAUACGGCGUUAGAAACGAUCUUAUGGAAUCUGAUAUUUCCAUGCCCAAACGCAACAAAAGGAUGUAAGGAACGAUUAGUUUAUUAUGACGUUGCGACUCAUAUUUUGACGUGUUUACAUAGAGAUUAUCAGUGCCCGUUUAGCUUUGUUACUGACUGCAUUUGGCAAGGCGGUAGGUCGGAUAUUUUGGAACAUGCAAAUGUUCAACAUCCUGAAGGUGUUAUAAGUGCAAGCAAUGGAAAUUUUUCAUUGAAGAUUAAUAUUUCGAGUUCAAGUAAUACUAUCAAAAUCCUUCAGAUGAAUGGAGAACAUUUCAUUCUACACAUCAAAUGUGAUUUGCCUUGCAAUACCCUGUAUUAUUUUCUUUAUUACAUUGGAAGUAAGGAAAAGGCACAGGCGUAUAACUAUUCGGUAGAACAAACAAAUAAGAUUGGUCACAAUUAUUUCUCAUUACAGAAUAACUCCAAAUAUAAAGCUCUACAUGACAUUAACUUUAAACUAGAAGGCGAUAAAAAUAGCGCAGGCUCCGUUGAUUUGUCGUUGAUUAAACGGCUAACGCGAGGAGUAUCAGUAGGAGCCGUCGUAAAAAUAUUUACUGAAAAUAAACGAUUGGAUAAUAUAUAUUUUGAUGCAUUGGUUAGCGUCUUGGAAUGUCCUAUUUGUGUCAAUUUGAUGAAGCCUCCGAUUUGGCAGUGUUUAGCAGGUCACAGCAUAUGUGAUAGUUGUGGAUGGAAGGUAAACGAUUGCCCAAUGUGCCAUAUUGCAUUUGGCGAAGCAAGAAACUACUCUUUGGAAUCUUUAAGUGCAGUUUUAAAAUUUCCUUGUGUGAAUCAACCUAUGGGAUGUGAAACGGUACCUACUCCCAUUCCAAGAACUUAAGAAGCACGAAGCGAAAUGUAAAGCUAAACGCGAGGUUAAGCAAAAUAAAAAUAAGUAACAUUUGUUCAAGAGAUAUCCGACAUUAUGUUAAAUAGGUAAUUGUAUCACACCAAAGA